GGUGCAGGGUGGGAUGAAGUUAGGACCCAGCAGUUUGAUGAAAGAUGGGAGGAGUCAACUAUGUAAUUUCGAGUGGUACAGUCAGUCAGUGCUUGAAAAUGAGUUACUGAGCCAGCUAUACAUAAUCUCACUAGUUCAUUUCCUUAUAAUAUCACAGAAAUAUAACUCGGCCGCGGGUACGGAUGCGAACUGAGCGAGUAUGUAAUGUUCCGAUACAUUUGAAUGAAUUGAUCAUCGCUAACAGGUCCUGUCAGAGUUGAUCAUGCUGAAAAUGAAGCUGCCCAUGCGAACGUCGGAGGAAGAAGACCAUACGGUCGAAGACGAGCAGGAAAAUACCGAUUGCAACAGUCUCCCUAGUGAUUCGAUUCCGUACUGUGGUGUGAGCCACCGGCUCAAGGAUUCAACGAGGGAAUCUUGUCGCCUGUCGCAAAUUGACAAGGAGACUGUGUUUGAGUGGUUCGGCUUGCACCUCAACCCAGCAAAGCGGAUAGAGUUUAUGUACGGAAUACUCAAUAUGUGUCAACCACUUGAGCUUCGCUUUUUCGGAUCCUGCCUUGAGGACCUUGCACGGAAAGAUUUCCACGUCUUCCGAGACUUUGAGAUAAGGGCGAACAGUCAAACGGACUUGGGCCUCCUUAUGGACGUUGCAGACCCUGUCGUGCGUUCCAAACUACUUGUCUGCCUGUCACUUUUGAGAUCUGAAAACAGAGAAUGUGCGAGCACACUUUAUCGUGCUUUGAGCCAUAUGGAUCCAACGCUGUACUUGAAUACUUAUCAUGGCGUUCCAUUAUCUCCACGUGGGAGCGCUCAAAAUUUACCUGAUCAACAUUCCCCUCGCGAUGGUGGAAUGGAGUCCGGGAAAUUGGAGCAUCCCAGUGGGCCUCCACUGGAGGCAGAGUCGGGUUCCCUGGAGCACUUGGCGCUGCUUUUCACCAUGGCCUCGCUGCACCCGGCGUUCUCUUUUCACCAGAGGGAUACUGCCAGACACCAGUUGGACAAUGUGGAACGGGCCAUAGAGGAGAGAAGGUAUUGCCACAACCGCCCGAGCGUCCAGCAGAAGCAGCAUACCCUGCGAAAGGAGGACCUCAGCCCCAGGAGCACUGACAUGGGUCAGUCGGCCUGCUGUAUUCCCAAUCAGCUCCUGAACAGGACCUUAUCUCAGAGAGAAGCAGCAGUUCACAUUGACAAGAUUGUGCUAAAGAAGAUAUUUUGGAACCGAGGAAACAGGGAAUACAGUAUUGAGGUCCAGUGGUCUGACUCAACAUGGAGCACAGUGACCAAGACUCACCAUGAGCUGUACGACUUCCUGUCCAAGCUUCCAUGUGAGAGGUCCUCUGAGCCCUUUGAGAAGGAACUGGUGAGGUUACUGGCCCAGAGAGACCAGUAUGAACCCAGGGACGUGGAGAGGAUGCUACAGGAUAUGCUUCUGUCAGCCCCAGCAGCCUUCAGGCAGAGAGGAGAGGUCUGCAGGUUCCUUCUCCCCCACUGCAGCCACUGUAAGUGUCUGUGCCCCUGCCUCAGCCUCCAGGGAGAUAAUACAGUACCACUGGGAAAGACCUGCAAGGCAGCCGAGCACUUUAAAGAAGACUGCACAGAGCCAUCCAGUCAGGACGAAGACUUAGAGUCUCACCAUCUUGGGCAUCAGACGGAGUGCAGCAGCAAGAGAUUAGGCCAGAGCAUACUGCUGACAAAGAGCAGCCAGAGUGAGAGCCAGAGGCCUGCUCUCCACUUAGAGCACAACGGAGUGGUGGAGGGGAGGAGAAAACCAGACAUUAUGUCCUGUUGGCCAGACCCACAUCAGAAAGUAGAUGAGAAAUGGGCUUUCACUCCAGAGCUGAAGAGUAGAAGAAAACCUGAUGAAGUUAGAAGUGAGGGGGCCAAAGGCUACAUCCCCAACGGCAUCAUCAGACCGCUGUCAACACACGUGACCAGACAGGGUGUCAGUAAGAAGCCAGUCCAGGACAGGUAUGGAGACACGUGGUCUGAGAGCUCCAGUAGCCCCUCCAGCCCCCAGCACGAGGCCCGGGAGAGUCUGGAGAGUGAGGACCUUGAAGACCUGGAGGAAGAGAGAGACACUACAGAGAGUUACUCGGACCACUGUGUCCAGCAGAAGAGGGCGGGUGGUCACAGCAGGGGGAAAGUUGUGGCUACUGUACACCCUAUGGUCCUUGUACCCCACAAGGAAGAGCCAUCCUACACUGACAGUCCCCGAAGUGUACAGCCUCUACCACUGACAGUCCAGAAUGGGCCGACCAUGCCAGACGUUAUGGUCUUUGUCCCUCCACAGCCGGGGGACGGUUCACCAGCAGAGGGGGCACUGACUGGGACCACCCCCAUGGUUUCUCAGGAGUCCAUCUCAAGCAAAGCUCCCCUGGGAGACCCUGAGAGACAGAGGCACGUGUCUGUGUCUGCCCCCCUGAACUCACAGCCAGCUAUCCCAGGCUCCAGCAGUCACCCCAUACUCCAGUGUUAUAGGACCCCCACUAGUCCAGACAGUAGAAGCACUAACCCCCAGCCCCCCAUGGGCGCUAUCAGUGUCAUCCCCCCGAACUCCCACAUGUCCCCCCUGCAGCAAACAUGCACCACCACUGACCCAGCCUCCACUGCCACCCUACCCCGAGCAGCCUCUCUCCCUAACCCUAACACCAGGCCUCAAGCCCUGGCUGUACCCACCAGCCUACCCACCCCUACCUACGUGACACCCUCCUCAGGGGCAACUGUGACCCCAGCUGCCAUCAGUCAGGAUCAGGCCACUCUGCUCCCAGCCGUCCCCACUCACACCCCCGGCCCCGUGUCCAGCCAAGCCCUAACCCUCACCCACAGCACGGCCCAGGGAGACGGCACCUCUUCCUGCAGCAGCUCUGGGGUGGCAGCAGGGCAGGCCCAGCAAAAGCUGCAGGCCCAGCAGCAGGCCCACCCUCCACAGCAACAGCAGAUGAGCUGCAACACCUGCGGUUGCCAUGGCAGCUGUGGUAGUAGCCACUCCCCCAACCCCAACUUCUACUUCCCUCCCCAGCUGGGGCGGCAGGUCUUCAGCACCACCCACCUCCCUCUCUUCCACCUCCCGUCCAUGUGCAGCACUGGAUACCCCAGCCACCGCAGCCAGGUCCAACACCAGAGCAACGGCACCACACAGCUACCCUUCUAUCCCCCUCCUCCUCACACGGCCACGCCAACGCAAUACGUCAGUGGACCUCUGCUCCACACCUCCCACUCGAACCACAUGCUGGCCACCCAGGCUGGAUACAACCUGCAGCAGAUGGCAGCUGCUUCCUUCAACCGUUUCUACACACCCAUGUUCUCCUCGGUGGGGGUGGGACUGGGCACGGGCAUGAAGAAGAGUAGUGCCAACGUCUCCUGCUAUAACUGUGGGCUCAACGGGCACUAUGCCCAAGACUGCAAGCAGCCCUCCAUGGACGCCGGGCAGCAAGGUGGCUUUCGGCUGAAGUACACGGCCCCCCACUCCUCUGAAGCAGACAAAACUGACUGACAUGACAGAGAGAGGACCAAGACAAUGCUUUGUUUAUCUCACUACAGUAAAGAUUCCAGAAAUCCAUUGUUUUAAAGGGUUGAGUUUUUCACCAAUUGUAAUACCUUCCAAAUGUCCUUUAGGAGUUUGAGAACCCGUGUAAAUAUCCUGACUAGUUUCUCAGCAAAGAAUGGAAUCCUGUAUAAUUCUCAGACUUUUCAGAGGAGGGUGGUAUUUUGCACUGGAGACCGGCACGAGACAAGCUCACAUUUACAGACUAGUCUCUUACUUUAAAGAACAAAAACCACAUCUUUAAAUGAUGUGGUGAUAAACGUGCAUUCAAUAAGGAUUGAUGGAUUUGGAGAGAAAGGUUGUUCUAUUCUAAUUUUAUUGUGGGUCUUUUUCGUACUUUUAAAUUCUUCCAGAAUCGGCCUUUGGUUCAAGUCAUUAUACGUUAGGCUAAGGAACCUAUACUACCUAAAGCAUGUGAUGACUUCAAGUCUCUGUUCUCCCUCUCAGUUCUUUCAUAUGCUAGCACUUGUAAUGGGAGGGAAGGUAGGAAAGGUAGUGAGUAGUACAAUGCCUUAGUGCCUCAAAAAAAAGAUGGAGAGGGUCGUAUUAUCGCAUAGGUGUUCAAAAGAAAAAUACGGUUAAAAAGCAGCUAGUAGUAAAGCCUACCAGCUAAUUUUCAUAUGUUUUAUUCUAUUUGAAAAAACAAAAUAUGUGAAUUAUUGUUAUUUUUUGGAUUGCCAUAAAUACCCUGUUUUUGAUUUGUUUUACAAGCUAACGGUAUUCCAUUUAAGGAAAAUCUUUGUAAAAAAAAAAAAAAAAGUUUUCUUGUCAUUUGUUGCCACUUGAUUUAAUGUGAAGCAUGUAUUAAGUUAAUCAUGUCUGUCAUUCAUGAUGUUAAAGGGAUACUUCGGGAUUUUGGCAAUCUACUUCCCCAGAGUCAGAUGAACUUGUGGAUACCAUUUUUC